AUGGUUUUAUUAUGUAAAUCUCCUGUCAGCUAUGUUUCUGAAUUGGUAGGGGCAGGGAAGGACAUAGAAAGUGCUUAUUGGGAAUUGGUUGUGAAGGACAUACAGGAUACUUGCAAACUUCUGGAGCCAAUUUACAAUGAAACAGAUGGGGAAGAUGGACAUGUAUCUCUUGCAGUUUCCCCAAAGCUAGCAAAUGACACCAAUGGGACAAUUGAGGCAGCAAAAUGGCUUCAUAAUAUGGUUGGAAGUCCGUGUGUUUACAUGAAAAUUCCUGCCACUGAUGAAUCCAUCUCUUCCAUGAAGGAGGUCAUUUCUCUGGGGAUAAGUGUAAAUGCCACUCUCAUAUUCUGCCUCCCUAAAUAUGAAGCAGUGAUUGAUGCUUACUUGGAUGGCCUUGAGUCUUGUGGCAUGACUGAUCUCUCUAAGGUUUCAAGUGUAACAACAUUCUACAUCAGUAGAGUGGAUGUUACACUUGACAAGAAACUUGAGCAAAUUGGUACUACUGAGGCUCUUGAUCUCAAAGGAAAGGUAAUGUGAAGCAUUUUGCCUUUA